UAAUGAAUUAAAAAUCUUGGGCUCACCACAGUUUGCUGUUUAAUAAUGCCUGUAACAGAAGGAUUUUUUCCUCCCUGAAGUGUGACAGCAUCAUAAUCCCUCAUCCCUGGCAAGGAGAGGAAGGAAAAUCAGAAUUGUGGAAAAGGGUUAUCUUUUGGGACAGCAAAGCCUAUGGGAAGUGCAGGUAGCAGCAUGUUGCCCUGACAGCUGUCUCAGCUUCUCAGACCUUGUCAGUUUGUUGCUAUGCAGCAGGUGCAGCCCUUUCUUUUAUUGAAGCUUUACUCCAUAAAGGCAACGACAAGCCAAGGCAGUGGCUGGCCCUGGAUUAUACAAGUGCAGACACUCCGCUAAGUGAGGGUUUCAUCACAGUAAAAUCACUUUUUGGAAUUGAUGGUCUCAGAAGAAAGACCAAGGACUGAGUAAGGUCCCAACCCAGGAGCCAAAUCCAUGCAGACAGACCCCUACACCUGCACAGGCUUCCACUGAAGAAUCACCACCAAGCUGGAGCAAACAAGUAAAAGCAUUGACUCAAGUGCCCACAUGAUCACCACGGCCAGGGUACCUGCUGAUAAGCAGGUACGAAUUGCCUUCAGCCUUAAUGAUUCCCCAGAUGAUGCUUCCCCUGAAAACUUCUCUUUGGCAUUUCCAGAACUAGAUCAGCAGCUGCAGCCUCUGCCUCCUUGUCAUGACUCUAAGGAAUCUAUGCAGGUGUAUAAACAGCACUGCAAAAUAGCAGAAGAGUACCACGAGGUCAAGAAAGAAAUUGCUCUUCUGGAAGAAAGAAACACCGGUGGGAGAAGUGGCUCUGUGUUGCUCCAAGCACCUGGCAUUGCAGCAGGAGAGCAUGAAGAGGUAGGAGGAGAGGACAACCUUGUUUCCCCUUCUCCUCCUGAGCCUCCAGGGCAGCGUCAGCAUCCAAACUUGGCACCGCUUCCUGCUGUACCUGGGAAAUCACCACUCCUGAGGCAUGCACUUCCCGCUGGAAUGCUCCCUGAGCAGUGGAACACUGUAUUUAUUCCUCUUAUUAUCUGAGGAUCCAAUUUUCCUUGUACUUUGUGGAAGUUGAAGAAAAAAUAACGUAGUUAAUAAAAACCA